UAGAUAUACUUUUCCAAACUAAUAAAGUCAUCUCUUUUCCCCCAUCAACACCGGCAGGUCAAGUCCCAACACUAAACCCUUUCAUCCUCUCCGCCAAUGGACAAUUCUUCUGCUCCCACAACUUCCUCCUCUCAUGCUACCUCAUCAAAGCCCAAAUGGGUUCUUCCUUACCGCACUGACAACCUCAGAGACCACUACUCCAUUGGCAAAAAGCUUGGUCAAGGCCAGUUUGGUACCACUUAUCUCUGUACCCAUAAGCCCUCAGGCCUCAACUAUGCCUGCAAAUCCAUCCCCAAAAGGAAGCUCCUUUGCAAAGAAGACUAUGAAGAUGUUUGGAGAGAAAUCCAGAUAAUGCACCACUUAUCUGAGCACCCUCAUGUGGUCAGGAUCAGAGGAGCUUUUGAGGAUGCUUAUUGUGUCCACUUGGUCAUGGAGCUAUGCGAGGGAGGUGAGCUCUUUGAUAGGAUUGUUAAGAAAGGUCAUUACAGUGAGAGAGAGGCUGCUAAACUGAUCAAGACCAUCGUUGGCGUCGUGGAGGCUUGUCACUCUCUUGGCGUUAUGCAUAGAGAUCUUAAGCCUGAAAAUUUCUUGUUCCAUAGUGUUGAGGAAGACGCUGCUCUCAAGGCUACUGAUUUUGGCCUCUCUGUAUUUUAUAAGCCAGGUGAGAGCUUCUCUGAUGUUGUUGGAAGUCCAUACUAUGUCGCGCCAGAGGUAUUGCGCAAGCAUUAUGGACCUGAAGCAGAUGUAUGGAGUGCAGGAAUUAUUUUGUAUAUCUUAUUAUCUGGAGUGCCACCUUUUUGGGCAGGUAACCACCUUCAAGUUCAUAUAUUGAUGAAGAUGUUAACAAAUAGGUGUGUCUUACACAGAAUUACUUUUGAACACCACUUUGAUGAUAUGGCUAUUGUGUCAUUGUCACCUCCAGAAACUGAAAUGGGGAUCUUCCGGCAGAUAUUACAAGGAAAAAUAGAUUUUGAGUCUGAACCAUGGCCUAGCAUUUCAGAAAGUGCCAAGGAUCUCAUAAGAAAAAUGCUUGAACGGAAUCCAACGAAAAGGCUAUCAGCUCAUGAAGUCUUAUGCCAUCCAUGGAUUGUAGAUGACACAAUUGCUCCAGAUAAGCCUCUUGAUUCUGCUGUUUUAUCCCGCCUGAAACAAUUCUCUGCAAUGAACAAACUGAAGAAGAUGGCUUUGCGAGUCAUAGCAGAGAGGCUUUCAGAAGAAGAGAUUGGCGGAUUGAAAGAGCUCUUCAAAAUGAUAGAUACUGACAAUAGUGGAACAAUAACUUUUGAUGAAUUGAAGGAAGGCUUGAAGCGAGUAGGCUCUGAGCUUAUGGAGUCUGAGAUAAAGGAUUUGAUGGAAGCAGCUGAUAUCGACAACAGUGGUACAAUUGACUAUGGUGAAUUUCUUGCUGCCACUGUGCACUUGAAUAAGUUGGAAAGAGAGGAAAAUUUGGUUUCAGCUUUCUCCUUCUUUGACAAAGAUGGCAGUGGUUAUAUAACCAUUGAUGAGCUUCAACAAGCUUGUAAAGAGUUCGGAUUAAGUGAGCUCCACCUUGAUGAAAUGAUAAAAGAAAUCGAUCAAGAUAAUGAUGGACAGAUAGAUUAUGGGGAAUUUGCUGCAAUGAUGAGGAAGGGCAAUGGAGGAAUUGGCAGGAGAACAAUGAGAACAACAGUCAACUUGGGUGAUGCUUUAGGAUUGACAACCAAUGGUUCUAAAGAGUUUGAUUGAUGCUUACAUCAACUCUGCUAACUAUACAAACUUUUAUGAAUACUUAGAAACCAUCAGCUAAUUUUUAAUCUUCA